UUAAUACUUACGAAACAAUUCAAACUGUAAAUUUGCAAAUAUGUAAUUUAAUGGUGGCAUUAUAAUUUUAUUGUAUUAAGAAAUCAAUAUUUUUAUUGAUUUUUUGUGUAUUGAUUGCGUUCCAUUAUUACGAUUCUAGAGGUAAUCUUGUUAUUUUGUACUAGGCAUAGAUUCAGAAAUUCUCCAAUUCCCCCUCUAAAUGUACAUUUGACACUUAAAUCAUAGCUCGCAAAAUCGGAAAUUUCCAAACGCGUAUCAAUAAUCCGUACUGUAACAAAACGUGAUUGUUUACAUCAUUGAAUAUUUUUGAAAUUCGUUUUGUUAUUAAUUUAUCAAUAGGUGAACUUUUAAAUUUAAAAUACAUUUAAUGUAAAAUAUAUAUCUUUAUUGAGAUAUAACAUUUAUAGUGACCAUAAAUCAAAGAAAAAGUGUAAAUACCAAUUACAAAUAAGUGCUAAUUUUAUGAAACGAUUAGAAUUUGAUAAUUCAAUGGAUUUUACUCGGAAUGACACAUUCGAAGAAUUUAAUUCAAACAGUGACAUUAGCUCCACAACCGACUUCCUGAUGCCGGCCGAGGAAUCUAUGGCGCAGAAGCGCUCGCACAGCGGCAAAACAUAUGGAGAGCCACCAGCAAAGCGCCCUGCGCCAUCUAUACGGCUCGGUGCUGGAUUCAAAUGGAAUCUUCAGGCGCUCGCCAACGCAGCCGAGGCUGUGCAGUCAGGUGGAAAGUCGCCAGUGUCAGCGCUCAACGAGCUCGGAGUACGGGUCACGUAUACCGUCUUGAGGCAAGGCGGACCGGCCCACUGUCCCAGCUUCACUGUAGCUGUUAACGUAGCGGACAUGACCUUCGAAGGUUGGGGUCACAGUAAGCGUGAGGCGCGCGCGUCCGCCGCCCGCGCUUGUCUUUCGGCGCUGCUGGCUCACGUCGGCCGCGUGUUACCAUCCGGCAACACGCCGCACGACUUCACGAGUGACGACCCUGGGAAAUAUGCAGCGUCCGAGUUCCAAUGCUUGCCUGCUAAUAUGAAGACUUCGCAGAAUGAUACGCCAACCUAUAGCAAAGAGAGGAGUCCAGUGUCGCCGUCCCCGCUGUCGGCGUACUCGCCCGCGACGGCGCUGUUCGGGGCGACCAACGCCACCGCCAUCAUCAAGAGCCCCAUCAACCUGCUGUACGAGAACUACCCCGGCCUCACCUUCACCUGCACCUUCGGCGACGGCUCGCCGCUCGACAUCACGCAAGCACCUCUCCAACUGAGUCACAGCAUGCGGUUCAAGGUCGUCUGUCAAAUCAAGGACCAGAAGUUCGAAGGUUACGGGUCGAGUAAGAAGCUGGCCAAGUUGGCAGCCGCCAGAUCGGCAUUAGCGGUCCUGGAGGAGGGUCGUACGGAGUCGCUGCCGUCGCCGUCUCCGACGCAGACCGGCUUCCUGCCUCAGACCCUCGCCGAUCACAUUGGCAAGCUGGUGAACGAAAAAUUCAACGAGGUGAUGAAAGGUGAUCUGAUCCAUUCCAAACGGAAGGUGUUAGCUGGUGUUGUGCUCACCAUCAACAAUAGUCCCGAAGGUGCCAAGGUGAUAGCUGUGACCACAGGGACCAAGUGUGUCUCCGGCGAACACAUGUCAGUACGCGGCCGCGCCCUCAACGACUGUCACGCUGAGGUGGCAGCGCGGCGUUGUCUACAGAGGUACCUCUACUCACAGCUGUUGAUGUACGCGUCAGCUGCAGACCCCCGGAGCCCGAUAGCCGAGUCGGACGUGGAGCCGGUGGCAGGCGGUGGCUACCAGCUACGCGGCGACCGCCAGCUGCACCUGUACGUGAGCACGGCGCCGUGCGGCGACGGCCGCAUCUUCAGCCCGCAUGAACAGGCCGAACCGGAGCCCGACAGACAUCCCAACAGAUUGGCGCGAGGGCAGCUCAGGACCAAGAUAGAGUCGGGCGAAGGCACUAUACCGGUGAAGAACUCCAACAGCCUCGUGCAGACCUGGGACGGAGUCAUGCAGGGCGAGCGUCUACUCACAAUGUCGUGUUCGGACAAAGUGGCCCGCUGGUGUGUAGUGGGCGUGCAGGGGGCGCUGUUGUCGCGGCUGCUCAAGCCGGUGUACCUGCACUCGCUUGUGCUCGGCUCCCUGCUCCACCCGCACCAUAUGUACAGAGCGCUCUGCGGCCGUAUAGAGUCUUACAUCACGUCACUUCCACCUCCGUUCAAGCUGCAGAGGCCGCUACUGGCGCGCGCCGCCAGCACCGAAGCCAGGACCCCGGCCAGGGCGCCUUCCUUCAGCGUUUGCUGGUGCGUCACCACACCCUUCCCGGAGGUGGUGAACGCGACCACGGGCAAGCUGGAGAGCGGGCAGCCGUCCCUGCUAUGCAAGCAAAGCAUGUUCGCGCGGUGGCUCUACGUCGCUACUAAGCUACCUUUGCUGCCUCAGGAGGACGGCGUAUCAGAACCGUUGCCUGAACAGUUGGACAGCUUGCUGUACAAUGAGGCUAAACAGAUGUGUCCUUCAUAUCAGGCCGCAAAAGAACGUCUAAUCCAAGCAUUCGAGAAAGCGAAACUAGGCCGUUGGGUGAAGAAACCACUGGAGCAAGAUCAGUUCGUAUGCGAGAUACUAAACGCAGAACCAACUGCACUGUUCGCCUAGGCGGGCC